CGGCGAAGCCACGGGUUUCCGGGCGCGACGCGACUCCGAGUAUAUGGGAUUUCGUUUCGGACUCCCGACUCCGACUUGGAGGCGGGCGACAGCUAUAUAUAUCUCUCCCACCAGGCACCAGGCCUUGUCCAAUAACCAAUCCAGCAGACAUCCGAAAAAGGCACAUGGCGAGGUACGAGUAUGAGAGAGAGCAAGCCGAGAAGGCCUGCCGGUACGCGGAGGAGCUCUUCCUCGCCGGCAACAUCCCCGGCGCGCACCGCCAUGCCAGCAGGGCCAAGCGGCUCUGCCCGUCGCUCCCCGGCGUCGCCAACGCGCUCGCCGUGUACGAGGCCCACGCCGCCGCGGGGGGCAGCUGGCGCGCGGUCCUCGGCAUCCAGACCGGCGCCGCCGCCACGCAGGACGCCAUCAAGAAGCAGUACCGUCGGCUGUCCCUCCUCGUCCACCCGGACAAGGCCCGCUGCGCCGCCGCCGAGGGGGCCUUCAAGCUGGUGCGCCGGGCGUGCGAGGAAGCCCUCUCCUCGGCCGCCUCCAGUCGGGACACGAGCCCGCCGCAGGUGCCUCGUGCCGCCGCGCAGCCCAACGUGCGUCGGGCCGCGGCGCCGCCCCCUCCGAUGAUGCAGCCGAUGUACUACGCGCCGCGCGUGCUCAUGCGCGUCUACUGCUCCUCCUGCAAGAACGAGUACGCCGCGAAGAUCGGGCGGCUGGAGCAGCAGGGCGGCAUGAAGUGCGCCCGCUGCCCCGAGUGGCUGAGCCCGCCGUGUCAGAAGAAGCCCCCGGCGAGCAAGGAGCCUACCGCCGUGCCGGGGCGCCAGGUGUUCCAGUGCCCGGCCAAGUGUCCCGAGUGCGGGGCGGCGUACACGUCCAAGGUGUGCGUCGGCCGGUGGUGCCUCCGGUGCAAGGCGUGCACCAAGUCCUCCAUGGUCGACGUGCAAGGACCCGAACAGGCCACUGCGAAGAUCCGAAAGCGUGCCUGAACAUGACGAACAGUUCCCUUCAUGUUACGUUUGUGUGAUUGGCUCGAUCUCAUCCUUUUCCCAGCGGGGUAUAAGUGUUUGA